UAUAUAUCUAUAUACGGCUAAGAGGUAUAUAGAGGUUUUUUUGAAAAUAUUCGAGCAUAUAGAAAGUUGGUAAGAUAGAAGAGAGUAGUAGCGCGAUUCCAGUGAAUAUAUGCGCUCGUGUUUCUCAGUCAGUGAAAUCAGCGUAGAAGGAAAGAGAGAGAGAGGUAAAGAGAAAAGGGGAGUUCCCCUUCUACGAAGUCCUAUCCCUACUACUCGAUACACCGAGGUUGCCACUGCUAUUCUUUGCGGGGCCAUAGUUGCGCGAGUGUGCGUGCGUCUGUUGAACUACGUGCGACCAGCCCAGUGCUGUUAGUAAUGUAAGCCUUUCGUUCUCGUAUACGUGUCGAAAUAAAGAAAGAAAGAAAGAAAGAAAGAGAGAGAGAGAGAGAGAGAGAGAGAGAGAAGGAAAGAGCGAAAGAGAGCGCGCAUUAGAGCUCUAGUAAUCGUGAAAAGUAUUCUUUCGUUAAUUUGGCUAACCAUCAUGCCGUUAAGUAUCGGAGUUAAUUUAAGAGUGACCGGCCACUGUAAUCAAGGCGGUCGUAAGUACAUGGAGGACAUGUUCAGUGUGGCCUAUCAACAGACACCGGAUGACAAGGAUUUGGAGUACGCCUUCUUUGGUAUUUUUGACGGUCAUGGGGGCGGCGAGGCAGCGGCAUUUGCUAAAGAACAUCUUAUGGAUAUUAUCGUUAAGCAAAAAAAUUUUUGGAGUGAUCGAGACGAGGAUGUUUUACGAGCCAUCAGAGACGGAUACGUGAAUACACAUUAUGCGAUGUGGCGGGAGCUUGAUAAAUGGCCAAGAACGGCAUCCGGAUUACCAUCUACUGCUGGCACUACAGCAAGUAUAGCUUUUAUAAGAAAAGGAAAAAUUUACAUCGGGCACGUAGGUGAUUCUGGAAUAAUAUUGGGAUAUCAACCGGAUGGAGAUCCGCAGUGGCGUGCUAAAGCAUUGACUAAAGAUCAUAAGCCUGAAAGUGGUCCAGAAAUGAUACGCAUACAGGAGUCUGGUGGGAAAGUUGUUAGCAAAUCAGGUGUUCCACGAGUCGUUUGGAAUAGACCACGAAUAGGACAUAAAGGUCCCGUUAGAAGAUCAACUCAUAUAGAUGAAAUACCAUUUCUAGCUGUUGCCAGAUCUUUAGGUGAUCUUUGGAGUUACAAUUCAGAACUAGAUACAUUUAUAGUGUCUCCAGAACCAGAUGUUAAGGUUGUUACAGUUGAUGUUAGGUCAUACCGAUGUCUUAUUUUUGGAACAGAUGGUUUAUGGAAUAUGUUGACUUCCCAAGCAGCCGUAGCUAUUGUUCAGGCUGCUGAGAUGCACAAUGAAAAACAUAUUAUAGCUUCUCAACAAACUGGCAAUGGGGCUGAUGUACAAAUGUGGAUAAAUCCAUCUAAAAGUUUAGUAGAUAGAGCAUUGGAAAGGUGGUUAUCGACAAGAUUACGUGCUGAUAAUACAAGCGUUGUAACCGUUAUGUUAGAUCCUCCAGGACCUUCUCGUAGUGAGGUAUUGUUAAAUCAAAAGAAAGAACUCUCACCAAAAAGUAUAAUACAUCAUCAUCAAGGAGUUCAACCUCUCGAUCCAAAUGUUUUUAAUGAAACUAUUGAAAAACCUAUAUCAGAUACUGCCGCCUCAUCUGUUUUAAGUCACGUGGCACCAAAUGAUGAUUCAGAUAUAAAUGGUCUAAAGCAACCAGAUUCUUCUGAUGAAAUUAAUGAACAUUUAGAUAAAUCUACAAAAAUUGAGAAUAAUUCAUAUGUCGAGAAAUUAAUUUUAAACGUAGAUACCUGUGAUGUCGAUAAAAUUUUAGCGACGAGAGAAAUAUAUGAGAAUAUAAUAUCUAAUAUUGAAGGUAUUAUUCAAGUAGCUGAAAUUUCAUCAUCAGAUAUAUCUGAGGAAGUAGAAUAUACGAAAUCGAAGGAAUCCAAAGUUUCUAAUAAGACUGAAAAUUUGAACAAAUUGGAUGGCGAUGAAAAAAUAAUACAAGUUGAAACAAGUAACAAAGAAAAAAGGGUAGAAGAUGACAACUAUGAUGAUGGUGGUGGUGGUGGUGGUGGCGGUGAUGGUGAUAAUGAUGAAGAAAAUGAAGGUAGAGAUAAAGAACAAGAAGAAAAAAUAAUAAAAAAUAUUAGUGCAAGUGUUGUUGAGGACCAGAUGACAAAAUUUCAGUUAAGUCAUAAUAUUGAAUCGAAGAGUAAAGAAAAUGGUGAAUCAAAAGUUCCCAAAAUGAUUCGAGAGAAUGUAGCAUUAAACGAAACUUAUGAAAUACCACCAUUAGUUAUUAGCAAAUUCGAACGUUCUAGCGCAAUUAUACCUAGUAGAAAAAACACAUUACAAGACGUUGAAUUGUUUAAUGUAUUAAAUGGUAAUCAACGAUUACCAAAGCAACAACAUACAUUAAUAUCAUCUAAUUCAGUAGAUGAAAUGAGACCAUCGAGAAGACGACAUAGUUUGAAUUUACAAUCCCAGAAUAAUUUUUCUGAUACUCUUCCUAUAAAAUCUAAAUCGUAUAUGACACUUAAUUCGAAAUUGAAGUCGAAAAGUACAAGGACGUUAGAAAAUAAUGAAGAAUUUAGUAGGAGUUCUAUAAGAUACAAUAGAACAACAAAUAAUAGCAGUGUAAGUAGUACGAAACGUAGACAUAGUACGAUGUCGUCUCAAUCGGUAACAACAGUUGUCUCAGGAUUAGAAGAAUCAUCGCCAGAACCAUGUUUGAAAAGAAGAACGCGUUCGGAGGAUAGGCCAGUUCCUCCCAUUGAUGAAAACAAUCCAGCUAAUCAAACCAUGGAGGAUCCAAAUAGUCGUUUGAGUUGGCCUAUUACUGAUUCUUCUAUAAAUGGUAGAUCAUCAGGUGGAGGAGGCAGUUCUAGUUCUGUUUCAGUACAAGAAAGACGAUUAUCUUCGCCAAAUACUUUCCAAAGAAGAAGCUUAGGGAAAAAAGCAACACCGACUAAAAGUAUUAGGCGAUCUUCUAUAAAUGGACCUGCUCGUUUACAACAAUUGAGAGGUAUAUUUGGAUUCAGAGAUUGGGAUCAAGGAAGAAAUAAUAGAUCUAACAGUUGCAAUGACAGAAGGUUAAAUCGUACUGCAGGCAUUAUUGGACCAUUGGAUUCUGGAAUACCACAACGUUGGCUUAGAUCAGACACAAUGGCUGCAACACCGGUUAAAACAUUGCGUUCACGUAACGUCGAUAUUACUGGUCACACUAUUUCUGCACAAUUAGUUCAUCAUUAUGGAGUAGUUAAGCAGAAUCGUUUAUCUUUACCCACCAAAUUAAAGCAAUCCAAUAACAAUGGAGUAUUACAAUCUAAGAGGGUAAGGUCUGCUUCUAUGUCAUCAAAUAAAUUUAAACAAACAGGUACUAGUGGUACAAAUGUAGGAGCAUGUUCUACAAUAAACAGUACAAGUACAGGACCAAAUAAUGGUUCUGGUAUAGCUAAAUGGGUUAAAUCUUUAUGUAAUCCUAGUGCAAGAUCAUUGAGUACACGAUCUCGCAUCAAGCGCCUUGGUAAAUGAAAUUCUAUAAUAUAUAACUUUCCCUAUGUUUUUGUUCAUUUAUUCAAUUAGUAUUACGUCUUUUUUUUUGUAUUUUCUUUUUCUGACUAAGUUUUUUCAUCCCUCUUCUCACCCCUAAGAUUAUUUUUAAAAUACAAGCAAAUGAGUACCAAUUUAAAUAUAGCAUUUUAUAUCAAUAUCAUAACCGUUAUAUGACAUGGAUUGUAGAUACAUCAAGGACUUUGUUCGUACGUUUUUUUUUUUUACUGUAUUUUUGUUUUUCAAAAUUGCCCUGUAUGAGAUUUGUUUAUUUUACUAUAAUAAUGUAAUCAUACUUAAGUAAAUACACAAGCAACAAAUCUACAUAAACAUAAUAAUAUCAUUAAAUGGAUGCAAUGUUUAUAUGCAUCACAAUAAUUGCUGGAACAACUAUAUAUAUAUAUAUAUAUAUAUAUACAUUUUUU